CUGGGUUAUCGCCACAUUAUCCGGUUUAUAGUUUACACACUACUACACACACAAAACCAGGUUACACAUAUAAAGUCGGACAUAUUAUCAACAUCGAUGAAAACAUUAGAAAGAAUGGAAUAUAUCAGUAAAAUGAAUAUGCAAACAUCACAUGCUGCACUUGUUUAUCAAAUUAAAAAAUCUCGUGGAAUAAACUGGACUCCAAGUGAAAAGGAGUAUUUGUUGCAAUUAUGCAGCCAAAGGGUUGGUGUUAUUGAAGACAAAAAAAGCGAUUUAUUGACAUUAAGCAAAAAGGCUGCUGCGUGGAAGUUUAUUCACAAUAAGUUUUGUGCAAGAUUUGGCAGAAAGCGAACACCUAUCCGAAUUAAAGAACAAUGGAAAAGAAUGAAAAUUGCAGCACGCGCAGAACUUCGAGACAGGGGUAUUCAACCGGAAUUGGGUGCAAAUCCGGUUGACCCAAACGUACCUACAAAUAAGUAUUAUGGUGAAACCUUGGACAUAAUAUCGAAAGUACAAGAAAUUUUGUUUGGAAAAAGUCAACCAUCUGCUACAAUAAACUUUGAAAACGAAGAUAAUGAAACGGAAAGCAUGGAAGUACCUUUUGUAAUCAAAACAGAACCUGUGGAUGACGUAUCGAAUUUUGUUCCUGGACAUUCAGAAUGCAGUACUCAACAUGGAACUAGUAAAUUUGUGUCUGAUGACUCACUCCAUGGUACAGACAAUAGUGCGAUGUAUUUAAUGUAUGACCGGCGAUCGUCUAAUGCUUAUCCACACGAAUCUACUUCUCCAACCAAUGGUCCUUUUAAUAAAAGACUUGAUAAUAGUCAGCACAAGAUUUUGCCACAGCAUGGACACCCCAAGGUAACGCUGAAAAAAUCAAACAUCCAGCCAGCAAUACUUAUAAGAAACAAUAGUCCUCCACACGAGGAAAUUGAACAAGUUGAACAACUUCCUUCCACCAGAGAAAUUAAUACGUCUGAUCAUUUCCAAAGUGGUAAAGGACAACUUAAUGUUGAUAAACAUUUACUCGAAUUUGCUCGAAUUGAGCAUGAAAGAAAAAUGCAAAUAAUGGAAGAAGAACAUUUGUUACAAAUGGAGGUACUUAGAAUGCAGAGAGACAUAGCGGCAGCAAAGUUAAAGAAAGCAAACUUUAAACUUACAACAAACAGCUUGAAUUUCUCAUAGUCACUCUAAAGUUAGACAUGUUAGAAAUUACACGUUAUUUAAUCUAUCAGUUUGACAUUGCAUAAAAAACGUUCUUACAGAAUGUAAGUUUUCCUAAGUGAACAUGUGUUCAUAAAAAAUGAAGAGAAUAUCGAUUCCAAGAAGCAUUUAUGAAAGUUUUGUUAUGCGUGAUAAUACCACCAGCGAUAUAAACUAGUCCUAUGUUGUUCGUGCGUCCGUUAUAUCUACAUCCUUAUUUCCCCGUAAACUAUUAUAUACACACACUUCAGACAAUAGUAUAUAUUUCUCUUACAAAUAAAACGGAUUUCAGAGAU